AUGAGCAGAACAUGGCCAUUCAUGAUGAACACGGUUUUGGUGAAAUUUCCAGAAUACAACUCUAGAGAGGUAAGGACAGUUUUUGGGCUUUACCUGGAAUUUGGUUCUCAUGUCAAGUUUCAUAUUCUGCAUGAGGUUCAAUACUUCCACGAACAAGCUGCUUUAGCCAUGACACUCCCUUUGGUUCGCUCCCCUCUAAUUCAGCUUUCUGCAACAGUUGGUACUGCACACCUUGCAUUUGGCAUGGAAACAAUAUACAAUACUAGCUCUAGACAACUUCUCAUGUUCGAUGCAGUCAGUAGUGAAGGAAGAGACUUGAAAACAACUCAUUCUGCUUUGGGACUUUUCAGGGAGAACAAGGGUGAUUCUCUAAGGGCUUCUUAUAUCCAUUAUUUUGAUCAUGAGAGGAAAGUCGCAGCAGCAGCAGUGAUCGGCUGGACGUUAUCAAGUAAGGAGAACGCUUUUGCAGUUGGAGGGUCAUGGAUUAUGGAUGACCUAACUACGAUUAAGGCGAGGUUUGAUAGUCGUGGGAAGCUGUUUACUGUCCUCCAUCAUAAAAUCAAACCCAAGUCAUACUUUACAAUUUCUGGUGAAUUUGAACCCAAAGCCCUUGACAAGACUCCAGAAAUCAGAUUAGGUCUCUCUCUCGUGCUCUGA